AUGAAGGCGUUGGAUUCGGAGAUAGGGAAUCGCUUAGAUGGGGAAUUUGCCCCAAAGUCGCAACCACCUCGAGUCCCCUUUCUUGCCUACCGAAUUGGAAUACUCGUGCUCGUUGUGCUAUCAUACUUAUCGGUCUUCCAUUCCAACGAACCGACCAAUGACUCCAAUCCGUUCAAGCACCUCGCAUCGCACUGCGCACACACCUCACCUAUUCCCUCUUCUACCUUUCUCGAGCGCCAAUCUUCCCUCGCCCGGGUCUUGAAAGAACAACAAGUCGGGGCGUAUAUCGCCGAACCAGGUCCGAGCGCUACUUACUUUACAAACAUAUCCUUGGGUGACUGGAAACUCUCCGAACGAGUGUUUUUGAUUGCGGUCACGCCUGGAGCUCGGGUGCACGUACUUGCGCCCAAGUUUGAACAAGACCGAGCGAGGUUGUUGAGCGUUCCCAGUCGGGAGGAUGUGGGGUUUAUCCUGUGGGCCGAAGAGGAGAAUCCGUACGACGUGCUGUUUCGUGCGUUGCGAUUAGGAAGAAAGGAGAUUGGGGAUGUUGUCGUUGAUGAGGGAAUGAGGCUGUUUGUUGCUGAAGGGUUGAAACGGGCCGGUGGAGACGGGACACGUGUGGGUAUGGCUCCUCCAUCCGUCCGUGCGCUGCGCGAGCAAAAGGGCCCAGAGGAAAUUGCGUUAAUGCAAUGUGCCAAUGAGGUAACGCUCAUGGCUAUCCGGGCCGUUCGAGAACGCAUGUACAUUGGAAUUCGGGAAUCCCAAGUUAAAGAACUCAUGGCUCUCGCUCUUUCUUCUGCUGGGCUCAAAAACGCUUUUGCACUCGUUCAGUUUGGGGAGAAUGCCGCGUUACCUCAUGGGAGUGGCAACGAUCGAACGCUCUUAGCCCAGGAUAUGGUUUUGAUCGAUACAGGCGGGUCGUUGCAUAACUAUGAGUCUGAUGUUACUCGGACAUUUGCCCUACCGGACUCGGUGGUACCUGAUGAUCAUAUUCGUAUCUGGGAGACUGUGUCCAAGGUACAAGCGUAUGCAUUUAGUGUUGCCCGUCGAGGAGUAGAAGCACGCAGGGUCGACGAGGCUGCGCGGGUACAUAUGGACAACGAACAACCGGGGAUGGCCAAGUACUUUUCGCAUCGGUUGGGACACGGUAUUGGACUUGAAGGACAUGAAGCACCAUAUCUUCGACGCGGAUCUGACAAUGCGCACAAACUAGAAGCUGGGAACGCCAUGUCUGACGAGCCUGGUAUUUACAUCCUUGGCAAAGUGGGUGUGCGAUUGGAAGAUUGCUUCUACAUUGGCCGAGACGGAAAUGCUGUGUUGCUCACGGACGGUGUGGGCGGAUUUGCCAGGAAUUUGUGGGACCCAUGA